CAUAAAACGAACCACGCGGAGCCGGCGUUCCCGUCCUGAAGAGUCCCGGUUCUGUUUGGACCCAGGUUGCUGUGCAGUGAUGUCAGUGCUCUUCCUCACCCUCCCCUUCCUUGCCAUCACUACUGCACUGGAAUUCCGUUACCACAGCAACAGCGAGAUUGAGGAGUACCUCCUUGAUGUCAACACCUCCAACCCCGAUAUCGCACACCUGUACAGCAUCGGCCAAUCUGUCCGAGGUCAGCAGCUGUGGGUGUUGGCUCUUGGUGUCGCCCCUCAUCAUCACACUGUUGGCAUCCCAGAAUUCAAAUAUGUUGCAAACAUGCAUGGAAACGAGGUGCUGGGCCGGGUGCUGCUGCUCCAUCUUAUCCAUGACCUGGUGCGUGGUUACCGUGGCAACGAGGCAUGGUCAUUGCAGUUGCUAAACAGCACCCGCAUCCACCUCCUCCCAUCGAUGAACCCGGAUGGCUUCAACGUGGCGGACACACACUGUCAGUACAGCCAGGGCAGGUUUAACCAGAAUGGUGUUGAUCUGAACAGGAACUUCCCCGAUAUUUUUGCUUCUCUGCGUGAGCAGCAUGGUGAGGAGAAACAGGAAGUAGAGGUUCGAGCUGUGAUUGGCUGGUUAAAGAUGGAGACUUUCGUACUCUCUGCAAACCUUCACGGAGGAGCCCUGGUGGCCAGUUAUCCGUAUGACAACAGCAACAAUGGCCGUGAGCUGGUGGGCGGAGCCAGCGUCACGCCCGACAAUGACGUGUUCGUUCACCUGGCCAGGCUCUACUCCUCCAACCACACCUCCAUGCACCUCGGGGAUCAGUGUUCUGACAGCAGGCCGUUCCUGGAGGGCAUCACUAACGGUUACCAGUGGUACUCGGUGUCAGGCGGGAUGCAGGACUACAACUACGUGUGGGCUCAGUGUCUGGAACUGACCCUGGAACUGUCCUGUUGCAAGCAUCCUCCAGUCAAUCAGCUUCCUGCUCUGUGGGACGAGAACAGAAACGCCCUGCUGGCCUUCAUCCAGCAGGUCCACUUGGGGGUCAAAGGUCGAGUCUUUGAUGGCUUUGGGGUGCCUGUGCAAAACGCUGUGGUAGAGGUUAAAGGUCGCAGCAAUAUCUGUCCAUUCAGAACCAACCAGCAUGGCGAGUACUACAGACUACUGCUGCCUGGAACCUACAGCUUCACAGUGACAUACCCGGGUCAUGAGGUUUUGACAGAGAUGCUGGACAUCCCGUACGGGCCCGAUGUCUACUCCGCCAUGACACAUGACUUCCUGUUACGACGCAUCUCUGCGUCGACAGGUCGCGCCUCGGCUAGCCCCACUCCUAACUGUAACCUCACUUUAAUACAUCCAGAGGGGGGCGGAGCCGUAACGCGACCCGUUUGGUUGGUGGUACUCGCAACGGGGCUUGGUCUGACGGUGGGGCUCCAAUCCAUGAUUGACUGAUGUCUGAUGGAGGUCACAGUGGUCAGAGAAGGUCACGGGUUUGUGUCCAGCACCAGCAUGUGGCCUGCUUGAGUGUCUCUGAGCAACACUGAACCUUCAACCUGCAGGAACAAAACCUUGCAAACAAUAAAUCUGAGCACAGGUUUCUGGAGGAACAUUUGGACUCCAGCUAGCUGCCAGAUGAGGGCGGAGCCAAAUCAACCUCAGCGACACACCAGAAGAACUUUGAAUCGCUGCAAAGUGGCGGAAGAUCAAUUAGAAACCGGAGUCGACGACUUCGUCCCCAUUUCAGGAUGUCAAUGAAAAUUAGAUGUGUGAGCACACGGAGACGAGGAGGCUCGCUAAAUGUAGCAGAGACAUUUUCAGCUUUAAAAUUAGACCCCGCCUGGAGCUUUUCUCUUUUUUAAACUCCGCCAAGCAUUUUGUUUUCACUGGAACCUUUUAGUUUGUCAAACACUUGGAGGAGAAACGAGACGCUGCAGCUGCACGUACACACCAGCGGGACUCAAACCUGUGACCUUCUGGUCUGCAUAGUCUCUAUUACAGUGUGUUUAUACAUGCGUGUACCCACACUCCAAACACAGGUGUUAAAGGUCACUUAAAGCAGCCUUCUGAAGCUUUUGCCAAAUCAGUUUUUUUCUAGUUUCAUAUUAAACCUUACCUCACGUUCUGUCGUGACUGUGGUCACAGCCAAAAUAUCUCACCCUAAAAUAGUUUGCAUUUCCUCGGAUUCAUGUCUCACUGCACCGCCGUGCACUGAAGGAAGAAAGGGCGGAGCCAGCUUUUAUGUUUUUAAACUUGAAGUUUGACCUGAAAUUCCUGUGUGUCGUGUAACGGAAACGGAGUUAAUAUAAACGAGACGUAAGAAUUUGUAAACUAUAUGGUUUGUACGUAUGCAGUUUGCUGGAAUUAUUGGUGUAAAAGCCCCUUUAAGGGAAAAAGUUUGUAAGUUGGUUGAGUCUAGACGGGAUUACUUCAAAUUAUCAACAUCCAAAUGUUUGUUGAUGCUCAUUAAAUGGAAAAUGUGCAGUUUGAAAGGAACUAAGUAGUUUUUAGUCAGUUCUCAUGACUCAGUAAGACGUUUUUAGUUUUUGAGACACCUUCGUUCACAGUGAAAGGUCAAGCAGAGGUCAAAUCCACAAAAGGGGAGAGCAACAGGUUCUGAUGAGGUUACUCCUGAGAACCAACAGAGGGCACAGAUGAGCCUAACAACUGGCCAAUUAAAAACCCAAAACCCUGCUGGAUAACAUAAGUUAAACAUUUUAUUAGGUUCAGACAGAAAACUGCAAAUCUGAUAUUUCACCUUCUUAUCUGAAGAGCAGAUAAAAAACUGUCCAAACACACCUGCUGAUAUGAUUUUUCAGAUGAACUGAGAACUUUAGAAGUUUUUUGUUCCGUGUGUGAAACAAUCCACAGAAUUAAAGGAAAAAACACUCAAUUCUUCAGCUGUACACAACUCUUUAUGGACAAAUAUUAACAGGCUGAAUAAAUUAAAACUGAGGACAUUUGUUAGUUCGCAGCCCACAGGAGGAAAAACCCAAACAUGUGGCUAACAAAUGAAAACGCUGAAUUAGUGCCUUUGGUUUCACGUGUCAUAAAGCUUUGAUCUCUGUCCACAUCGAAAAGGAUGUUAAAUCUUCAUAUAAAUCAACAUUUCGGAACAAAGACAUCUCAGUCAUGUGAAAAGAUGAGACAAAGAAAUUAGGAGCUGGCGGAAAUUUUAACUAAAAAAAAACAAAAACAAAACAAAAGUAACUCAAUAAGGUGCAGUGACUCGGUUCAGGUUUGAGGUGGAGUGUUGAAGACCUGAAACCAGCAGAGUACUAAA